AGUUUCACUUGCCAAUGCAGAUCCACACAGGCUUUGGAGAUAAAGACCUUGACUUGCGGAAGUGCAAUCCUCUACAUCUCCGUGCUAUUCUUGAGGAUGAAAGAUUCGCUAAGUGCCAACUGGUCCUUUUACAUGCUUCUUAUCCAUAUUCUAAGGAAGCAUCCUAUCUUGCAUCUGUUUACUCUCAGGUCUAUCUUGAUUUUGGUUUGGCGAUUCCAAAACUUAGUGUUCAAGGAAUGGUGUCAUCACAAGAGCUUCUGGAGCUAGCUCCCAUAAACAAGGUCAUGUUUAGUUCAGAUGGAUACGCUUUUCCGGAGACAUACUAUCUAGGUUCAAGAAGGGCACGUGAUGUUGUUUACCAUGUCCUAUCAGCUGCAUGUGAAGAUGGUGAUCUUAGCAUUCAGGAAGCUAUUGAUGCAGUUGAGGACAUCUUUAGAAGAAAUGCAUCGGAUCUAUACAAGUUGAACGUUGCCAAUGGGUCAACUCACCAGAAAACUAUGAUAGCUGACAGUAGGAUAGCAUCAUCUUGUGUUGAACAAGAUGUCCUCUUUGUUCGCAUCGUCUGGAAUGAUGCUUCAGGUCAACAUAGAUGCCGCGUUGUCCCAGCCGGAAGGUUUUAUGAGAUUGCAAGGAAUAAGGGUGUCGGCCUGACUUUUGCAUCAAUGGGAAUGACUUCCUUUUCUGAUGGCCCAGCUGAUGGGACAAACCUUACUGGUGUAGGAGAGAUCAGGCUUAUGCCAGAUAUGUCAACGCUUUUGAGACUACCAUGGUCAACACGUGAGGAAAUGGUGAUAGCUGACAUGCAAAUUAGGCCUGGAGAAGCCUGGGAAUACUGUCCUAGAUAUGCCUUAAGAAAAGUCACAAAAGUUCUGCUGGAUGAAUUCAAUGUGACAAUGAAGGCAGGUUUCGAGAAUGAAUUUUAUCUGCGGAGAAAAUUAGUAAGUGAGGGGCAUGAGCGUUGGGUUCCAUAUGAUAAUAGCAGUUACUGCUCAACCUCAUCAUUUGAUGGUGCCUCAUCUAUACUACAAGAAGUGUAUUCUUCUCUUAAAACGGCAAAUAUUGUGGUUGAGCAGCUGCAUGCCGAAGCUGGGAAAGGGCAGUUCGAGGUUGCCUUAAAGUAUGUGAUGUGCACUCUUGCUGCUGACAAUUUGAUAUAUGCUCGCGAGAUUAUUAAAUCUGUUGCUCGAAAGCACGGGUUGAUAGCAACAUUUCUUCCAAAACCUGACCUGAAUGAUAUUGGAUCGGGUUCCCAUGUGCAUCUGAGUUUAUGGAAGAAUGAGCAGAAUGUUUUUAUGGGAUCAAAUGAAUAUAGCCACUAUGGAAUGUCAAAAGUUGGAGAACGGUUCCUUGCUGGAGUAUACCGUCACCUUCCAUCAAUCUUGGCAUUUACUGCUCCUCACCCUAACAGCUAUGAUCGAAUUCAACCAAAUACAUGGAGUGGAGCUUACCUAUGCUGGGGAAAAGAAAACCGGGAGGCUCCAUUGAGAACCGCAUGCCCACCUGGUGUGCCUCUCGACAUGGUCAGCAACUUCGAAAUUAAAUCAUUUGAUGGGUGCGCAAAUCCGCACUUGGGGCUUGCUGCUAUUGUCGCUGCUGGGAUUGAUGGACUUAGGAACGGCCUUGAGUUGCCUGAACCAAUUGAAUCAAAUCCUGCAGAUUAUGCUACCAAGCUCAAAAGGCUACCGCAGGACUUGCUGGAAUCUGUAGAAUCACUUGCUGCAGACAAAACUUUGCAUGAGCUAAUCGGGAAUAAGCUUAUUACAGCUGUUAUCGCUGUACGCAAGGCGGAGAUUGAUCAUUACUCGAAGAACCCUGGGGCAUUUGGCGAUCUCAUUCACCGUUACUAAGACAGAAUACUUGUUUCAAGACCACUUUCUCUGUCGCUUGGAAGGUUAAGCCGACGAAUAAUGUUGCCCACGAGUUACUGAUCCUCAUGACUGAAUUUGCGUGUUUUUCAGUUAAUAAUAAAGUGCUUUUAGAAUA